CUGAUUUUCCAAUACUUCACCCCUUGCUUUUACAUUCUAAAAUCAAAUCAAAUGAAUCUCAAAAGCAAUAACUUCCUGUCUCUUUUGGUUCCCAUAGCUGCAAUUUUUGCAUCUUUGCAUCUCAUCAAUCCAAAUCCACAAUUCCUCACCAACUUCAAUUAUUUGAAUUUCACAACACUUUCACCAUCAUCUUUAUACUUGGGCAGAGACCAUCAUCAUAGACCACACAAAAAACACCCUGACAGUGGGAGUGAUGGUUCUAUUUGUGAUGAUUUUCCACCUGGAAUUCCACCUCCAAACACCAAUACCACUUCCUACCUUUGUGUUGAUCGAAAAGGGUGUUGUAAUUUCACAACUGUACAACAAGCCGUUAAUGCUGUUCCAGAUUUCAGCUUAAAAAGAAACAUAAUAUGGAUUAAUAGUGGCUUUUACUAUGAGAAAGUUACGGUUCCCAAAACCAAACCAAACAUAACAUUUCAAGGACAAAGCUAUACUUCAACUGCAAUUGCAUGGAAUGAUACUGCAAAGUCUGCUAAUGGCACGUUUUAUAGUGGCUCCGUUCAAGUUUUUGCCUCCAAUUUCAUUGCUAAGAACAUAAGCUUCAUGAAUUUAGCACCAAUUCCAACUCCUGGGGCAGAAGGAGCACAAGCCGUAGCCAUGAGGAUAUCAGGAGAUCAAGCUGAAUUUAGAGGUUGUGGAUUCUUUGGAGCCCAAGAUACUCUUCAUGAUGAUAAGGGUCGUCAUUACUUCAAAGAUUGCUAUAUUCAAGGAUCCAUUGAUUUUAUAUUUGGCAAUGCAAGGUCACUCUAUGAGAAUUGUCAAUUAGUUUCUAUAGCAAAUCCAGUACCUCCAGGACAAAAAAACAUAAACGGUGCAGUUACAGCUCAUGGAAGAGUUUCAAUGGAUGAAAAUACAGGAUAUGUGUUUUUGAACAGCACAAUAGGAGGCAAUGGUAGAAUAUGGUUGGGUAGGGCAUGGAGACCAUAUUCUCGUGUUAUUUUUGCAUUCUCAAUUAUGUCAGAUAUCAUUGCACCUGAAGGUUGGAAUGAUUUCAACGACCCUACAAGAGACCAGACUAUAUUUUAUGGAGAGUACAAUUGCUCUGGGCCAGGGGCUAAUGUGAAUAUGAGGGUCCCUUAUGUACAGAGAUUGAAUGAUACACAAGCUUUUCCAUUCCUCAACACAAGUUUUAUUGAUGGUGAUCAAUGGUUGGAAACUUAGGAAUCAAUUAUUGAGCUAACCAUCAUUUGCUCCUUGACUAUUGCUAACCCCUUUUCCAUUUCCAUUCUUCUGCUCUGUAAAAGUUGUACAAAUUAUUAAUCGAAGGAUUCACAAUCAAACUCUUACAAAUUUUAUGAAGCCAAAAGUACAUUAACAAAUCAAACUCUUAAUUCUAUCAA